AUGGCGGCAGCAAUACAUGGGGCUACCCAAGUGGUAUAUCGACUAGAUGUCCAUCCGAAAAAGAAGAGACCUGUGGAGAUUUACGAGUCAGCAUUUCUUCAAAGCAAACUCAUAAGGAUACAGACGACUCCGAGGUGCUUCAAGAGUCUUCUGCUACCGAAACAGGUGCAACCCGAAACACGAUCCGAAAUAGGAAGAACAGGCUCCGAAACGUACAUACCACCCGCAAAGAAGAUGGAUCGGAACAUCAUCGGAGCUCUCGUCGAGUGUAAGACCAUCCAGGGUGAGAAUAGCCAGCAUGAAGAUACCAGUGAGGGACUCUGUCCAGCGCCAACGAAGAUAGCUCUGGAAACAGCGCCACCAACGAUAGGUCCUACAAUUGGGCCUCCCACCACCGCGAAUGCAUACCCGACUAUAGCUGUUCCACGCUGCGUUGGAUCCCAGAUGUCCCCUAGCACGCCACCUGUGUUUGUUACGGGCGCCGAUCCGAAAAGGCCUGCAAAGAAUCGAGUGAUGAUGAUGGUCUGA